AUGCCGGAAACGAUGCACAACACACCCCUGCCACCGAUUGUGCAACAUGAUUUGCCAGACCGAUCGACGAGUCGCUUGAGUCUGGUCUCUCCAGGCCACCGCACCACGCCGACUUACACGCAUUGGACAGCAUCUACGCACCCCAGAGCUAGUGCCACCCGACGCGUGGCUGACCCUAAGGCCUGCCUCGUGCCUCUCAAGCUAAUCCCGCCCAUGCCCACGUGUAGCGGUUUGCAACAUGUCUCUGCUGCCGCCGCAACAGUGAAUCUCAAACUCACUCCACAAACUACGCCGAAGAAGGUUUCUUUUACUUCCGCUGUGGGACCUAUUCUCACUGGGAUUCCCGCAAAGCCUCCAACUAUUCAAGUUUACCCAAAAGGCGAUAAUCAGACGCUAAUGUCAACGAAAGGCAACCCUCUCAUCUAUACCGAGGAGCCGUUGAUCUGUUCUCGGGACGCUACCCGCCGACCCCAGAUGCUAUCUUCACUGAGACAAACGUUGAACGGUACACUGCGACCCCUUGUUCGCCGCAGACUCAAUUCCAAGGACUCGAAGAAACACCUCUUCUAA